AUAAGGCGUUGCUGCCGAUAACUCCUACCUCAAUCUGUCGGGUCAGCUAAUUGACAAAAGCUAUUGAAAACAGAGGAAAACUAUAAAGUCCCGCUCCUGUUCUCUUCUCCCUUGAAGCUUCAUUCUCCAAAUGGUUAGAGCAGUGACCAAGUUUUCUAUGGUUUCCUUUAUCCACUCCUUUGCACACAGAGGCUCAAAACACCCCCGCCCUUCUCCCUGAAUGUAUAUAAGGCACACCAGCUCAACCCCACCCAACUGGUUUCUUUACCUACAGCGGUCUGGUCAACACAAAACCUGAAGUUCCGGAGCGUAAAAACCAGGGGCUGACAUGGCAUAUCAAACAGAGGUGGUCAUUGGUUCCCAGCCACAACCCAUGGGCACCAGCUACACAUUCAGCAACCAAGGGACCUGGAGCUCAGAUCUAUGUGACUGCUGUACCGACAUGGGCAUUUGUCUCUGUGCCACCUUUGUGCCCUGUAUCCUUGCCUGCCGUGUCUCGGAGCAGGCAGGAGAAUGCUGUUGCCUCCCGUAUCUGCCAGGCACCCUCAUUGCCCUCCGAACUGGUGUGCGUGAGAGAUACCACAUCGAGGGUUCGAUCUGUGAUGACUGGGUGGUCAUGUCGUGCUGUCCGCUCUGUGGUCUCUGUCAGCUUGCAAGAGAGCUUAAGAACAAAAACUGAGAGGGAGGAGAGAAGGCAGUGGACUCUCACUUAUCAGCUGGAUAAACAGAAAGUGGUUCACAAGCUGGUUCCAGAGCAUGCAGCCUCAUUAGCGAAGCAAAACAAAACCCUGUCAUCCUUCCAGGGAUAAACAAUGGAAAGCAACAGGAUCCUUUCCCUUAGUCCCUACUGUUCUACCACCUUAAAUUGUGUCUUUUAUUUGUGGCUGGUCUUAGACCGUAAUAAAGUUUUAUUCUAUUCUAUU